AUAGGAAGUAGUUUACCCUGGCGUGUACGUUUGUUUACAGCCUCGAGUUCGCUGUCCGUACCCUGCCAGGACUGUGCUGUGUGGUUCAGAAACUUUACUGUUCAGCGUAAUAUUCAAAAUACUUAACGAGUAAUACCAUACUACUCUGCGAUUGUAAUUUGUUUCGGAGCUGUAGACAUUUUAGCAUGUCACAAGACACAGCUAGCUUGCUAAACUGAAGCAACCUUCCCGGUUACACUGUGAUGUUUCCGUAACAGCGUCAUUGUCGUAUCUCCACAUUGUCGUACCUGUUUGUUUGCAGGUGCGAUUGUUGUGUCUCUGAGUGAGGCAACGUUUACCCGUUAGCUAUCUGGCAGACAAGCUAGCAUGGAGGGAGCACAAAGCACCGUGACCUCUCAAAAAAUGGACUAAGACGACAAGGGAUAAUGAAACAGACUGACCAAAGAGCCAGCAGUGCACUAUGGCAUUGACUGAAGUGUACUGGGAUCACCAUAUACCCCUACCAAAGCUUGCUCCAGUUCAGGCCAAGGUCACUGUUGCCCUGGUGGCACUCCUGUGCUUCAUUAACAGUUAUGACGGAGAGUUUGUAUUUGAUGAUUCUGAAGCAAUUGUUAACAACAAGGACUUGCGACCAACAACAUCCCUAAGCAACAUCUGGACCAAUGACUUCUGGGGAACCAACCUGAGUAGCAACUCUAGCCACAAAUCCUACCGACCUCUCACUGUCCUUACAUUUAGGUUGAACUACCUCGUAGUGGGAGGCCUUCACCCUGUUGGCUUCCAUGUGCUGAACAUCAUCCUCCAUGCUGUCAUAUCUGCACUUAUGAUUGAUGUGUUUGCUGUACUUAUUGGUGGACUGGCCUAUGAUGAGAAGGGCAGGAUACUGAACCAUGCUCCCAAGACCUCUCUGCUUGCCGCCAUCUUCUUUGCUGCACACCCAGUUCACACCGAAAGUGUCGCUGGCAUAGUGGGCCGAGCAGACCUUUUAUGCGCACUCUUCUUCCAGCUCUCUUUCCUCACCUACUGCAAAGCUUUUAACAAAGGGAGUGACAGAGAUGACAGGUUUUCUCUCCAGUGGUUUGUGGUCAGCCUCUUGCUGUGUGCUGCAGCAAUGCUCUGUAAAGAACAAGGCAUCACUGUCUUGGGUGUGAAUGCUGCCUUUGAUGUCCUCCUGAUCUGUAAUGUUAAUGUGUAUGAACUCAGCCAGAGGCUACUCCUUAGGAAGAAAUCAUUUGAUGUGAGUGAGUUGUUGCGAAUGGGAUUGCUUACACGACUGGCUCUAAUGGGUCUUGGAGGACUCCUGAUGCUCUAUGCACGCUGGAGGAUCAUGGGAACUGGACCACCAGCUUUCACUGAAGUAGACAACCCAGCUUCUUUUGCAGAAAAUGUAAUCCUCAGGAUAGUGAACUAUAAUUACUACUACUCCCUUAAUGCCUGGCUGCUGCUGUGUCCCUGGUGGCUGUGUUUUGAUUGGUCCAUGGGCUGUGUGCCUCUCAUUAAGUCAGCCACUGAUUGGAGGAUGGUGUGGCUGCUGCUGCUCUGGUGCAUCCUGGUCGGCUUGAUAAGCCAAGCCUUAUGCUCACAGGACAGCCAGAGGAGGAGGACUUUGACCCUGGGUCUGGUGCUACUGGUGGUCCCUUUUCUGCCUGCGAGCAACAUUUUUUUUAGGGUGGGCUUUGUCAUUGCUGAGAGAGUUCUCUACUUGUCUUCAGCCGGCUACUGCCUGCUGCUGGCAUACUCUUUAGGACACUGCUUCUGCCGUUGGUCCAAAUACAGGAAGUUGCUGUGCGUCAUGGUGCUUGCGCUGCUCUGUGUGCAUGUAGUGCGCUGUGCUCUCCGCAGCCACCAGUGGCGUUCAGAACAAAGCCUCUUCACCAGCGCCCUUUCUGUCUGUCCACUCAACGCCAAGGUGCAUUAUAAUGUGGGUAAGAACCUGGCUGACAGAGGGUACACUACUGCUGCUAUUACAUAUUACAGAGAGGCAGUCAGGCUACAUCCUACGUAUGUCCAUGCAAUGAACAACCUGGGGAAUAUCCUGAAGGAGAAAAAUGAACUCGUGGAAGCAGAGCAGCUAUUGUCUAAAGCUGUUUCCAUUCAACCUGAUUUUGCUGCAGCUUGGAUGAAUCUGGGUAUAGUUCAGAACAGCUUGCAGAAGUUUGAGGAAGCAGAGAAGAGUUACUGGAACGCCAUCCGCUUCCGGAGAAAAUACCCAGACUGCUACUAUAAUCUGGGACGCUUGUAUGCUGACCAGAACAGACACCUGGAUGCCCUAAAUGCGUGGAGGAACGCGACUGUGUUAAAGCCAGACCACAGCCUGGCUUGGAACAACAUGGUCAUUCUGCUGGACAACACUGGUAACUUGGGUCAAGCAGAGCUGAUCGGCCGAGAGGCUCUGAGAGUCCUCCCCAACGACCACACCAUCAUGUUUUCAUUGGCUAAUGUCCUGGGGAAAUUACAAAAAUAUAAGGAGUCAGAGGGCUUCUUUCUUCACGCCCUCCGGAUCAACCCAAAUGCUGCUAGUUGCCAUGGAAAUUUAGCUGUGUUGUAUCAUCGCUGGGGGAAGCUGGAUCUGGCAAAGAAACACUAUGAGCUUUCUCUAAAGUUGGACCCUGAGGCUCCUGGGACCAGAGACAACUACAACAUGCUGCGACGCAAACUGGACCAACUUAAACGCAACACACCCUGAGGGAACCCACUUUGACUCCUGCCUACUGAAGAACAAAUUUUUUCCAUUGUUUCACUUGAUAUUAUUUGAGUUCACUCUAAUUUUGGCUUUGAAACAUUUGGAAAUAAAG